UCACUGGUUACGCACCUCAUAGACGUUCGUAAAUUCACGAGGUGUGAAAUUAAUUCACCUUUAAUAAACUAAGGAGAAAAAUUAAAAAUCGCACACCAGGAAAUAACUCUUGGCACGUAAUCAUAUUUUUAAAGGAUGAGGUUGAGAAACCACAAUUGACCGAUAUUAUAAAGAUGCACACGUUUGCCAUAAUAUUAUUGCAUUUUGCACCAGGUUCCUCGUACAAUGAAGAUCGUUAUCAUAGGGGCCGGCAUUGCCGGUGUUGUCACGUUGAAGUAUGCUUUGAACGCUGGACACGAAUGUGACGUCUUCGAGCAAACAGGGGAGUUAGGAGGUACCUGGGUGUACAGUGAUCAAACCGACAUGGACGAAUUUGGCUUUCCAAGUCAUAGAACAAUGUACAAGGGACUAAUAACAAAUUUGCCCAAAGAAGUAAUGGAGUUCCACAAUUUCCGCUACCCAUCUGCGGUCGAAAAAUCCUUUCUGACCCAACCGGAAGUUUUGCACUACGUACAAAGUUACGCGUAUCAAUAUAAUUUACAUAAUAAAGUUAAGUAUUAUAAACGCGUAACCAAGGUAGCACCAGUGGGCACUCAAUGGUCUCUGACUGUCUUGGACCUCAAGACCAAAGUGGAAACGUCACUCCGUUAUGACGCCGUUUUUGUUUGCAACGGACAUUUUUUUCACCCCCAUAUCCCAAACAUUGAAGGCCAAGACAUCUUUAAAGGAUCGCAGUUGCACAGCCGUGACUACAGGACACCUGAAAAAUUCAAAAAUAAACGAGUUUUAAUAAUCGGCGGAUCGUACUCUGGGAGCGACAUUGCAAGUCACAUUUUAUCAUCUGCACGAAGCGUGAAAAUGAGCCACCAUUCGCCCAUUACGAUACGGCUGGCCGAUGGUGUCACCACAAAACCGGCAGUUGUAAAACUCAAUGAAAAUCAGGUUAUGUUUAGUGAUGAUAGUGAUGAAGAGGUAGAUGUCAUUCUCUAUUGCACUGGUUAUAAGUAUUUCUAUCCGUUUUUGACCGAAGAAUGCGGGAUAAAGGUCGAAGAUAACUGGGUGAGAAAUCUAUACAAGCAUAUUGUUAACGUAGAAAGGCCAACUUUAUUGUUCAUUGGUAUACCGUUUCUAACGUGUGCCUUUCCGACGUGCGAUAUUCAGGCUAGGUUUGCUUUGGCGACAUUGGAAAAGAAAGUCGCCCUACCUUCAAAAGAGGAAAUGGUUAAGGAGUUAAAUGAGCACGUAAAUAAUCUCAGAAGACAUAAUAUUCCCCAAAGGCAUAUUCAUAAAAUUGGUUCGUAUUUUGGCGAGUACCUUAACGAUCUUGCCAAACUUGCCAAGAUAGAACCGCUCCCACCAGCUGUAAUUAAAUUAUACAAGCAUUUUAUUGAGGAUAAGCCUAUUAGGGAGGCUACAAGGAAAUAUGUUUUGGUGGACAAUGAAAAUUAUAAGGAAGAGCUAUUGUGUUAA